AUAACACCUAUCGCUAGAAACUGUAAAGUAGUAAAUGGUUCUGGUCCUACGUGACGUUCUACUUCUAUUCUACAUUCCUUUGCCGUUGCCAAUGGACGCGAUUGCGCAGUGACUACACUCCUGUUUUCAAAUUACAAUCUGCGCAAUGGUCAAGAUUUUACUAAAGUGAUGACAGAAAGUUUAUGUGAUAGUUUAUAAUAUAAUUUGAAAAUUUGUAUUUAUUAGUCGUUUAUAAAGGCGUUGAUGUAUAAAUGGACUAAGAUAAUUACUGUAUGCUUAAUGAGUUCAUGAAGUCUUUUGUGUGUGUACAAAGCCUGUUUUAACAAUUUCUCUUGAACAUCAGUUUACAUCGGAGUUACUAGUGUAGUAUUUUGAUGUUACAGUAUGUGAUGUGAAACUAUUUAACUAAACUAAAGUUAAAGUGUCAUGUGAAUGUGACUCUUUGUUAGGCUUCUGUUCAGUUUGUUUCAGGAAAUCCACGGACAUGUCGGAUAUCCUGUCGUGUUCUGCCGGGAACAUCAUUAUACCGACUGCAGGAUCUCGCUUGUCGGCCAAGCUGGACGAGGAUGGUGGGGACGGAGGCGGGCCAGGAGGCACCUGUCCGCCCGCUCUGCCUCCACGGCCACCGCCUCGACCACGAAACGCCGUCAACUCCGCCUCCAGCAUCGAUGCUCACCUCAAGAGAACACGUGUUAAGAAGUACGUGUUUCUAUGCAGUGUUUGUGGUGGCCUGGCUUCUUUACUUGGUACAUUGUUUCUGGCAGUCUACCUAAUCUUGCGCACAUACACCUCUUCUUUGGACUACUUUGAGACCAUUCCAACUUACAUACCUGCAGCUAUGUUGAUGGUGACUGGGCUAGCUGUUAUGUGUUUAGCUCGAAGGCGAAAUAGAUAUAUUUUCCUUAUCAAACUAUGUGGGUUGUGUUGCUUGAUGUGCGUCGGCACAUGCGUACUAGUAACAGUUACUACGACAGUGGUGCAUAUGAGCAGACUACAGAGCCUCAGAGAGUGUGUCUACACACUCAAGACACAGACUUGCACCUGCUACUCAGUCCUUUUGGAAUCUGCAUCGGAAAGGUCAGAUGAAGGUUCAAGAUAUGUGUUCAAUGCCACUCCAGACUGUGAGGCUAUUCAUGGACCUCUGUACUUAUGUCUGCGCGCCUUAUUUGGUCUGUCUGUGAUAGGCAUUCUGGUCUGCAUCUUCUGCUGCAUGCUCGUCUAUCAGCUGCUCAGUCAUGAGCGUAAGAAAAUGUACUGGGAACAAUUGGAGCUUCGCUGCCGCUACUUGUAUGGUCAGGCUUCAAACCUUGGCCGCAACCCUGGUCUGGCUGGUGCUCAACCUGUCAGCACACAGCACUGUGCUUGCUGCCAGCAGUUUCGCUACCAACAGGAUGUCCUCACCUGGGAGCCUUCUGAUAACAGGUUUUGGAGUGGAGGUCAAGUGGGUAAUCUAUACUCUCCCAACCCAGUGGGAGAGGAUUGUGUGACUGAACCUGCAACAUCAGGAUGGAGUUGGCGCAGACUGCCUUGGAACCGACAGCCAUCAGCCACACUUCCUCCACCAUCUGUCAACAGCCACAGGAGCUGCAAUAGUUAUCAGCAACCUCUUAACUGCAGUAGUCCCGACAGUCAAUACGGCUUCAGUUCGGAGCAGGGGCGAGUAGCAACAGUGUCAUCAGGGGCAUCAUACACAGUGAUAGAGCCUACAUCAGGAUGUCAGGUGUACCAUUGGGGUCCUCCACCACCGUACUCAAACCCCAACAGCCCUAGUCGGCCAGUGUUGUGUCCACCAGGACCGCACCAUCACCACUGUCAGCGCAACUAUGUUAACACCAGUGGUGGUGAUGUUGAUGACAAUGAAUCUGCACGAGUGCCACCACUUCGCCGCCGUUCAGACCUACCACUACCACCAUCAGACCAGCAUGCUAAACCUCAACGAGCAGAUUGUGGAGUAUCACCCAGAAUCAAAUAUUUACACAACAAAUUACAGAAUGCCUCUGUAAACACAACUAGAAAACGUACUCAAGAACCAUCAGAAUCAGAAGUUUAUUUUGCAGAUGUUUCCAGUUGCAAUGUUUCUGUUAGGAAUGAUUCCAUGUCCCUUUAUGGAGAAGCUCUAGAAGCAAAGCAAGGAGAGAGAAUGCCCACAGUGUGUGAUGAAUCUCAAGAAAUGCAAAAUGAAGAAUCAUCUAAGAAACAAUCCCAUUCUUCUCCUACUAUGGACAAGAAGGGCUUAUGCUUUCAAAUCAUGCGGAACCAGGAAGGUCAAAGGCAAAACAAUGUUUUAUCACCGAAAGAGAUAAAUAACUUUCAGAAAGUGCCUUCUGGAGGUGAAUUUUCUUACACAGGAAUGUCAUUAGAAGUGUCUGAAGAUGAUCCAGAAUUGGUUAAUUUUAGCCGACAGGCAUCAUUAAAAAGAAGACUACCUCAUUAUAAAAGUGAUUUUACAAAUAAAAUAAAAAAUGAACCUGAACAAGACCUUGAGGAGACCAUUCAUAAAGGUCAAAAUGAAUUUCCAUCGCCAAUGUCCCUAUCCUCACCGUCGACUGUCAGCAAGGGCACUGGUGGAUUCUAUACUGAAAUUGUUAACUCUGACAAUGGGUCUUCAGAUUCUGUUUGGAGUGGUUAUUCCCCAGGUCUGCUUGCUCCAGAUGCUCAGUAUGAAGUAAUCCCUGAGCACAGACUAGCAGCUUCUGAAGACCUUAAUGGUAAUCCGAACGAUGUCAGUGGAAAUCGUGAUAGGCUCAAGUUAUAUUUAUUUUCUAAAAAAAGACACUACCCACAAGUUAUUGAGGAGAACUGGUCAGUAAACAGCUCACUCUGCUGUGAUAAUCAAGAUUUUGCUGAUAGGUUAAAAUGUGGUGGACAUAAUAUUAACUCUCAAAAAAAUAGUGAUGGAGCCAAAGACUCAGUACAGAAGAAUUUAAGGUCUAAUGAACAUUGUCUAGCUGACAUUUUAAACUCUCCUAAAUCAAACUACAAAAACAGGCGAGAACAAAUGUGUAGCAAUCACUCAAUACCAAGUUACAAUGAGCGUCGACGCAGUGAGUUCUCACCGCUCUGUGAUCACGUGCACCCAGAACCGAAUGUAGGAGGAUAUUAUUCUAUAAAUGAAAACCAUAAUGUAUGUUGUGAUAGAACUAACCAUGACAGUUAUGAUCUUGUGUAUAAAGAAAAGACUGAAAUACUUAAUUCUCAAAAAAUGACGGAAAGCCAUGAAGCUCUAACGAGUGCACCGAAAGUGAUGGACAGAGGAAAGUUCACAAAUUCUAAUUUUGUAAAUUCUCUAGAAUCUAGUGAAAAAAAUGAAUGUUUUCAUUCAGACAGUAGUUGUCGGUGUUUCACCUCUAAAGAUCUUACCGAUAGUGACCUGAAUCAAGUUAGACCUGUUGAUGUAUAAAAUAUUGUGUUGUAAUGUAAUGUAUUAUUUUUUAUAUUUUAAUGUUAAAUAGUCUAUAAGUAUUGCCUACAAAUUGAAUAGCAGUUUUGUAAAUAUUGUUAUUUAUUCAAGUAACACAGCAUAUAAACUUAUAUUUUAUUUCUUUUUCCUGUAGACUGUUUUUCUAUCAGGAUUCACUCAUUGUUAUAAGCAAAUGAUCCAAACAAAGGAGGGCAUACAAACAGAGGAGGGCAUAAGUUUUAGUUUUAUAUGUUAAUAUUUGACAGUGCAAAAUUUAAAAUUCUGUAGUGAAAAACAAAACUAUGGUGAUAACGUAUACAACAGGUAUUAAGGCUGUGAAAGUCAAUAAUUUUUCAUAAAAAUCGUAGUUUUUGGUUUGGCAAAUUCUUAUCUGGAUAGAUAUCUUUGGUCGAGCAAUUGUAGAGCACAGUAUUUUAUGAAAGAUCGUUGUCGCUAAUUCAUUGACUGUCAUUUUUUGCGGGAAUUCCAACAAGACGAUAAUAAUUUUUAAUGAAUUGUAAAAUAUCUUAAAUAAAUAAAUAUGACUGUGACAGUAAUAACAUUUGUAAUGAAACUUCAAAAGGUUAAAUCAAUUGGAUACCCUCUUCAGUUACCUUAUUUGAAGUUUGUUUUUGACGACUGAAGGAUUGUGAAGAAAACAGGAUUUUUCUGGACAUUUACCAUCGUUCAGUGACACAAAAAAUCAGUAACACUAAAUUUCGAGAUCUGCAAUCCGAUCUCUUCCUCAGGUGAAUAAGUAACCUAACAUAACUAUAAUCUAGGUUAAAAUAAAAAAAUCAUACCAGAGCGUUAACAUGCAUAAGUCAGAAAUCAGAACCAUGUUGUGUGUCAACUUCAUGCACACUAACUCUAAAACAUGCAAUUAAUGAAAAGAAAACACAACACUAAUUAUUGCAAAUGAACUACAGAGUACAGGUCACAAUAGGUCUACACUCACGACCAACCAUAAGGUAAUGAAACUAUCCAGGUCUUCUCUGGUUUAACUGAUCUAAACACUUUAUUUCUACUGCAUUGGUUGGGAGGUUCAGACCCCUUUCCCCUACACUGUCCCUUAGGCUCCAUUUUUGCUUUUAUAGAUCUCAAAUGGGUUCUAGCUCCAAUAAUUCUAUUUUCAAACUAACUGAAAGACACCAUCAAGACUCAGUUAAUAAUGUUUAUCGUUAAUGACAGUUAUAAUUUAAAUGAACAUUUAAUAUUAUUGCUAUUUCACCAAUAUAAAUGGAGUUGGAAAUUAUUAGUGGCACAAUUUUACUGAGUUCUUUUGUUUAUUGUCAUUAUGCGUUGAUCAACAAUAGAGUCACACACUCAUCUGACCUUUCCUUAUCUGACAUUCGGUUUUAUCAAACAUGUGGUAACGUGAAAAUACUGAUCUCUUUAACUUAUAAUAAUGACAACAAAAUCAAAAUGGAUUGAUUUAUGUUCGUUGAUCUGUAUGUUUCUCAAUACCAUAUACUUUUACUUGUACUUGGUGCUUCCUGGUAUGCUCCUUUGUUUUUCAAAGCUAUUUUGUUCAUGCUAAGGUCAUUUUCUUCCAUAACGCUAUUUCGGUUACCAUAGUAGUCAGUCCAGUCACUUGUACUGUGUGGUGAUUAUGAUAUAGUUUUAUUUUUUGGCCUUUAGUGUUGUUAUUUGUACCUAUCAAUAAGAUAAAUUUAAUGUUUUUCUGAAGUACCUUACAUUAACAGUACAAAGUUUUGUAACAGUUGUUUCACUUUGCUGUGUUUUUUUUAAAUCCCUCUCAAAACAAAAACAAUUUGUAAAAUGAUGUUUUUACUUGUACAGUAUUUAACAAUGAACACUCUUACAUUCAUAUUAUCAGUUUUAAGGUAAUGUAAUAUAUUUAUGUUAUUUGUGAAAUAAAUAAUUUUUUAUGUUUUUA